CCUCCCCCUUCAUCCCGUGUCACAAAGCCACAAAGAAGUUUAGCAGGUCCUCCAUGGCAGCCUCUCUGCCACUGUCAGCUGCCAUCGUUGGAGCCGAAGAGUCGGUUGACAAGGAGGUCUUGGAGAUGGAGUACCUCUUUGAGAAGUUUUUGAUGCCAAGUGACUUGUGCAGCAAUACUGAAUGGCUUGGGAUCCCAGAAGAACAUGUUAGGAAAUUUGGCAUGAUGUUGGAGGACAGGGACGGUUACUCCGUCAUUUUCUUUCAGGACGGUGUGGUGCCUGGGAAGUUGUGGUGCUUUAGGUACUGGAAAAGCAAUGGAGUCCAUGGCUUGACCAAGGGCUGGAGGUGCUUUGUUAGGGAGAAGGGCCUCAAAGCCGGAGACACCAUCUCCUUCUUCCGAGGAUCUGCAUGUGGCCGUCUCUUCAUCUGCUGCAGGUUAGGCACCCAUGCAACCUUUGCGUCAUCCUCCACCUUGCAUCAUGGCUUUUCUAUGCCCCCACCACCUGCCCGCCCGCUGGUGGGUCUUCAAUCUGGCAUGUUGGCAAGAGAUGUCCCAUCAUUAGGACAAGCUAGGUUGCAUGAUGGAAAUCAAGAUGGAGGCGGUGCACCAUCAAGACAUGUUCCAUCCUCAGGACGACGUGUGGAGGCACAGCUAUCACGUGUGUCGUCGCGCCGUCAACGCCGUACUAUGAAGCACUCGAUACCAGAGCCCACGAUAGAGACGCCACCAAUUCUUGAGUCGAUGUUCCUCAUAGCCGCACCACCGGCAGUGAAGUGCUUACGGCUUUUUGGCGUCAACAUCUAUGUGUUGCCUGUGUCCUCUAGUGGCCAGCCAAAACAAGAAUCCAGCCCAUAAUACCAGGCACCAUAAUUAUGGACACCCCAUUGAAGAGGAUCAGAGCGUGUUGGAGGCGACAAAUGUUCCUCAAUUGUAUCGUUUGGUUCUACAUCAUUCUUAGAUCAUUGUGGUUUCAAUUAUUGUAAUUCUUAGUUUGUUAUGAUUGGUUUUCUAUUGGCAAUUAUUGUCUUUUUGGCAGUUAUUUUAGCAUAAGAAAUUAUUUUGUACCAUCUUCAUUUAUUAAUUUCUUUUGUUU